UAUAGAAAAUUCUAAUAAGAAAGAAUAAUUUAUUUUGUGUUAUAUAAUAUUAAUCUAUGGUCGAGAAGUGAGGUUAGGGUAUUCUAAGAUUGGAAAAGCAGUUGUGUAGUUGAGAUUGUUGAGGUUGAGAUGUAAAUUGCGAGUUGAGAAUAAAACCUUUUAUUUUAUUAGUCUUUAUUAUAUUAUUGAGUUGAGAAAAAUAUAUAAAGCUAACAAAUCAGAAGUGGGAUAUAUCGAAAAAUAUCUGCGUGAGAAAACCGAUUGUGAAACUGUGAAGAAGAUACAUUGAGAAAACUGAAGAACAUGGCAUCUCAGAAUGAAGAACACGUUGUGGUAAGAGAAGAGGAUUUUGAAAAUUUCCAAAGAAACUUUAAUGAAGAACGAUCAACAAACGAAAAUAUGAAUGCUGAUCAACCUCAGACAUCCAAACCAGAUUUAAUGAGUGCUAUUAUGACUUUGAUUAAUCAGAAUACCAUGUUGAUGAACACGAUGAUGCAACAGCAGAAUUUGAAUAGAAGUACUCCACAAAAUUACCAUGUCAUGCCUGAUCUGAGUAAAACUAUCGAGAAUUUCAACGGUGAAGAUGGACCUCAUCAAGCACAGGUGUGGAUAACCAAAUUAGAGACGACUGCAACACUUCAUAAAUGGCCUGAAGAAUUCAUAUUUGAGACAGCCAGAAGUCAUCUUAUUGGAGCAGCUAAGUAUUGGUAUGAAGGUAGGGUUGAAUCUAUUACAAAUUGGACUGAAUUCAGUAGAAGUUUCAAAAAGACAUUUUUAUUCAUCAAGUCUAAAACAGAAAAAUGGAACGAAAUGCAAAAACGAGUACAGCUACAUAGAGAAAGUAUUAAUGUUUAUUUUCAUGAGAAAGUUUCUUUAUGUAAACAAUUGAAUUUAGAUUUUGACGAAAUUAAAGAGCAAGUCAUUAUAGGAUUGUUAUCGAAAGAGUUGAGCCAAUUUUUGAUGAGCCAAAAUCAUGUAGAUGAAGAUGAAUUAUUAGGUGAUAUUAUCAAUUACAAUCGUAUAGUUAGUGCUAGAAUAGAAAAAGCUAGAGAGAAAAGACCAAAAUUCGAAUUUAAAGAGAAAACCCAAAAUGAUGUAGUAACAAAACCAAAGGUUGAAACGGAAAGCAAACCAAGAAUGACAUCGAAGGAAGUAAAAUGUUAUAAUUGUUCAGAAAUGGGACACUUUUCUUAUAAUUGUACAAAACCCAAAAGAGAAAUCAAAUGUUUAAGAUGCAAUGAAGUAGGUCAUACACCAAAAUAUUGUAAAAAACCCAGGAAUUUUGAGAAACCAGAAAUUAAAAUUUUAGGUUCUGUGAGUCCUUGCAACAAAUACAUAAAGAAAGUUAAAAUUAGUAACGAAGAGUAUAUGUCAAUGAUAGAUUGUGGUAGUUCAGACUGUACCAUUAAAGCUACAGCUGCCAUAAAAGGAAAAUUUAGAAUAACGAUUCAAGAUUGUGAAUUAAAAGGAUUUGGCAAUGAGACACAAAGUAUUGUUAAAUCAUGUGGAAUAAUAGUAGAGUCAGUAGAGAUUGAUGGAGUUAAAGCAGAUAAUGUAUCGUUCAGGAUAGUACCAGAUGAUGUACAGCCUAUAGAUAUAAUAAUAGGUAGAAAUUUCACCGAAUUGAGCCAUAUCAUUUAUUAUAAGAUUGAUGACAGAUUUAAUUUUGCAUAUAAAGAUCAUCUCCAGGAUAUAUUUAUCAACCAGGAGCAAAAUCAGACUAAAGAAAUUAAAAUUGCAGAAAAUACCAGAUUUCCUCAGAGAAGUAUUAAUUUCAUUAAUGCACAUAUGGAGAACGAGGACUACAUUCUACCUAUCAUGAACAAGAGUGAUGUUGAAGAGAAGGUUGGUAAUGAGAAAGAAUUCGAGAAGAUCAUGAACAUCGAGACUGUAGAACCUGUAGAGACUAGGAACAACGAAGAAGUGACUAUGGACGAAAUUGUAGUAGGAUCGGAGGUGACACAUGAGCAGAAAACUGAGCUGUGGAAUAUUUUAAAUCGGCAUAGAGAAGUGAUAGCUAAGAACAUACAUGAAAUCGGAAAAACGGACCUGAUCGAAAUGGAUAUUGAAGAAAAACCAGAAAGUAGACCUGUUAUGUGUAAACCAUAUAAGACAACUCAAGAAGAACGAGAGAAAAUCAGAGAAAUUGUUGGAGAAUGGAAGGAAGCUGGCAUUGUAACUGAAACGAAUUCCCCAUAUGCUUCACCAGUACUAUUAGUCAAGAAGAAAACAGGUGAGCACAGACUAGUUGUAGAUUAUAGAAGAUUGAACUGUCAGACAGAAAGAAUUAAUUUUCCUAUACCAAAUUUUGAUGAGAUUUCUGAAGUUUUAGUAGGAGCCAAGCUGUUUGUAACGCUAGAUCUUGCCCAUGGAUAUUUACAGAUACCUCUAGCAGAAAAAGCCCAGCACAAAACAGCAUUCAUUACCCCAGAUGAAACCGGUCAGUUUACCAGAGCUAUGUUUGGUUUGAUGAACGCUCCAUUUUAUUUUGCCAAACUUAUGCAUUCAAUAUUUGGACCUUAUCAGAACAAAUUAGUAAUAUUUUAUUUGGAUGAUAUCUUAAUUCCUGCAGAUAAUUGGACAGAACUGAUGGACAGAUUAGAACUAGUGUUGAAACUGUUGAAAGGAGCAAAAUUAACUUUAAAAUUACCGAAAUGUGAAUUUGGAAAGAAUGAGAUAAAUUAUCUAGGGUUUGUUAUAUCUUCCAGAGGAUUACAGCCAGGACCGAGAAAGCUGGAAGCAAUUUUUAAUUACCCCAGACCUUGUAAUAACCACGAAAUUAAAAGAUUUUUAGGACUUGUUGGAUUUUUUAGGAGAUUCAUUCCAAAGUUUGCCUUGAUAGUCGAACCAUUGAGCAGAUUAUUGAAGAAGGAAAGCAGAUUUUAUUGGGACGAGGAACAGGAGAAAAGUUUCACAGAGGUAAAAUCAAUUCUAAUGAAAGAACCUGUGUUACAGAUAUUCAAUCCAAAAGCUAGAAGAACCGAGUUACACACUGAUGCUUGUAAGGAUGGGUUAGCUUCAAUUUUACUCCAAUCUGAUGAAACAGGAAAAAUGAAAAUGGUAUACGCAGUUAGCCGAAAGACAACUGACGCAGAGAAAUCAUAUCAUUCAUCAAAAUUAGAACUGUUAGCGAUCAUAUGGUCAAUUGAAAGACUUAGAUUUUUAUUGUUGCCAAUUAAAUUUACAGUUGUUACAGAUUGUCAAGCACUAUGUUACCUGAAUAAGAAUAAGACCAACAAUAGUCAGAUAAUCAGAUGGUGCAAUACACUUAGUGAGUACGAUUUCGAAAUUAGAUACAAACCAGGAGAAAUAAUGCAACAUGUGGAUGCACUAUCACGAGCACCAACAGAAGAACCAAAUGGAAAUGUAGAAGACCUAAUUAAUGAUAAAUUUUCAGUUUAUUCAAUUAUAUCCAGAGAAGAAGAAAUUCUGUUGACCCAAAGGACUGAUGACAAUUUGAGUAGGAAAAUCAGAAUUUUAAAAAUGAAACCAUACGAAAGAACCAAAGCAGAAAAUGGUGAAGUUGAAAGCUACAUUUUGAAGAAUAAGAUAUUAUACAAGAUUGCGAAGAAACACGAUGAAGAAAAUCACUUAUAUGUUGUACCAGCGACAAUGAGAAAAUCAAUAUUAAUCAAGUAUCACGACUUAGAUGGACAUGGAGGAUUAGACAGAACUUUAGAAAAGAUACAGAGAUACUAUUAUUUCCCAGGAAUGAGAAAGUAUGUAUCAAAUCAUUUGAGAAUGUGUCUAGAAUGUAUUUUAGCCAAACAUAAAGUAGGAAAACAGGAAGGUUACUUGAAUCCAAUACCCCCCGGGAAGAGACCAUUUGAAGUGGUACAUUGUGACUAUUUGGGACCCUUUGUGACCAGCAGUAAAGGAAACAAAUAUAUUUUAGUUAUAAUCGAUAACUUGACAAAAUAUGUACAAUUGGAGAUUGCUAAAAACAUUAAUACAACAACUACGAUAACAAGACUUGGAAAGUUCAUUGAUAAGUUCGGUGCACCAAUUAGACUGAUAACGGAUAGAGGAACUUGCUUUACAUCCAAGAAAUUUGAAGAAUUUUGUAACAAUCAUGGCAUAAGACACACCUUGAACUCCAGCAGGCACCCACAAGCGAACGACAAUGAAGGUAGAGAUUGGGACCAAGUGGUUAAGAAAAUCGAGAAACAGAUGAAUACUUCAGUUAAUAAGACCACAAAUAAAACUCCCUUUGAAGCAUUAUAUGGAUACUUACCUAGAUUCAAUGAUGGACUUAUGAGAACAUUGACAGAAGAAAAUGAACAUUAUAGACCACCACAAGAAAUCCAAGAAGAAAUUCAAGAGAAGAUUAGGAAUGAACAAAACAAGACCAAAAGCAGAUACGACAAACAUAGACAUGCAGGUAUAAAAUACCAAGUUGGAGAUAUUGUUUAUAUGAAAGCAAAUCGAGCCAGUACAGGAGAAUCUACGAAAUUACAAAGAAGAUUCAAAGGACCUCUAGUGAUUACCCAAGUAUUACCAUCAGAUACCUAUAGAGUGACAAACUUAGAAGACAAACAAGACCAGACGAGAACUACAGCACAUGUGAGUCAGCUUAAAUUAUGGAAAAACUACGACUGCGAUGAAGAUGUAUGCCACGAUGAAGAAGACGUAGAGAGCGAACGAGAACCAAGGAAGAAGAAAGAAGACCCAGAAGAGAACAAGAAAGAAAACCGGAAGGAAGUCCCUAUAGUAAACCAAGAUGAAGACCAAGAACCAAAUGAUGACGUACACAGAGGACGAGAAGUUAGAAGAAGAAGACCACCGAAAUAUUUGCAAGAUUAUUUGCUCAUAUGCUGUAAGCAACCAGCUAACCUGAUAAUGCUCAAAGCUUUGUCAGUUGAUCUAGGCAAUUUGUUUAUUUCUCCUACUGCAAAUAGCUGCAUAUACAGUUUUAUCUCAAACUCCAUCAUGAAGAGAUUUAGUGUUGCACAGCGUGUGAAAAUAGUUAGCAAUUACUAUCAGAGUCACGAAUGUAUGGUUCACACAUUGAAAGCAUUAGAAAGUUGCAAUAUUGGUCAAAUUUCUCAAUCAGAAAUUCGAGAUAUUGUUUCGUUGUUUGAAGCUACAGGUAGUGUUCAUGAUAACAUCAGUUAUGAAUCCACCAAAAAGCGAAAAGCCAGUGAAGAUACUACAGAUACAUUCUAUUCAUUUGAACCACAACAACAAAAUCACGCUAAAAUGGCCAAACUCUCUAGUUCUUUCAUGAAAGAUGGAGACUAUGUGGUAGUGUAUACAGAUGGAGCUUGUGAAAAUAAUGGAAAACCAUCAGCAAAAGCUGGAAUAGGAGUUUGGUUUGGCGAUAAUCAUCCAAUGAAUGUAUCAAGACCUGUUGUAGGUCGAGCCACAAAUAAUACUGCAGAAAUUCAAGCUUGUGUAAUUGCUCUAGAAAUUCUUCAUCGUGAAGGUGUUGAAAAAGUUAAAUUGAAGACAGAUUCGCAAUUCACUAUUAGCUGCAUAACCCAGUGGAUAAAAAAAUGGAAAAAGAAUAAUUGGAAAUUGAGUACUGGUGGAGAUGUGAAAAACAAAACCGAUUUAAUAAAAUUGGAUGAUAUUCAAAACAAAAUGGUGCAUGUUGACUGGGUACAUGUUCGAGGCCAUGCAGGUGAAAAAGGAAAUGAAGAAGCAGAUAAACUCGCAAGAAAUGGUGCACUUUUGUAUAAAAAAAAUUAAAUUAUUUUGAAAUAAUGUGAAGUUUUUGAAAAUCAGAAAUGAAAAUAUUUUUUGGUCAUGCUCAUUCAAUAAUACAAAACUGAGCAUUAAUGUGAAUUAGUAAAAAGUUUUGAUAAAAAGACCAAUUUCACCCAAAAUAAACCAAUAAUGUUUUUUUCCUAUGAUAAAUAACAAUAAAAUACAAUUGAUAUGA